AGAUUUCAGAGAGACGACUAGUCUUUCUCUCUCUUUUCUUUCUAUCUGUCUUUCUUUCUGUAACAGUCCACUACGUUUCUCUUUCUCUUUCUCUCUCUAUCUCUUCAAAUUUUUUUCUCCGGCGAAAAUCAUCCUUAACAACUACUGUCAGUUGUGCUACUCUGUCUUUAUCAUAGCUAAAUUCUCUCUCUGAAGCAAGCUCCGUUGGAGAUUCCGUUUCGCAUUGGAUUCAUUUCGGACGAUUUUUAUAGUAAGAUCCAUUUUCGUCCAUUUCUUUUAACUAACUUUUACACGUGUCGUUUUUCAAUUGGCAAAUUGUGAGGGAUCUGCGUUUGAAACACCUGAAAUCAAUAUGAUUAAUCCUCCGGAGGUAUAACAAAUCAACGGUUUGGAUCCGAUCGGAGGACCAACAGCGCCAUCUGAUGGCGCUGUUUAGGCGCUUCUUCUAUCGGAAACCACCGGAUCGGCUUCUCGAGAUCUCCGAGCGUGUCUACGUGUUUGACUGUUGCUUCUCCACGGAUGUAUUGGAAGAAGAUGAGUACAAGGUUUACUUGGGCGGGAUUGUGGCACAACUACAAGACCACUUUCCUGAUGCUUCUUUUAUGGUGUUUAACUUUAGAGAAGGGGAGAGGCGGAGCCAAAUUUCAGACAUUUUGUCUCAGUAUGACAUGACAGUUAUGGAAUACCCUCGCCAAUAUGAGGGAUGUCCUUUGUUGCCACUGGAGAUGAUCCAUCACUUCCUUCGAUCAAGUGAAAGCUGGUUGUCCUUGGAGGGGCAACAAAAUGUGUUAUUGAUGCAUUGUGAGAGAGGAGGAUGGCCUGUGCUUGCAUUCAUGCUCGCUGGUCUUUUGCUCUACCGUAAACAGUACACUGGGGAGCUGAAGACUUUGGAGAUGGUCUACAAGCAAGCCCCUAGGGAACUUCUCCAUCUUUUGUCUCCUUUAAACCCACAGCCUUCCCAUAUGAGAUACCUUCAGUACAUUUCUAGAAGGAAUAUGAGUUCUGAUUGGCCUCCAUCUGAUACACCUCUAAUUUUGGACUGCUUGAUACUUAGAGUCCUUCCAAUUUUUCGGGGAAGAAGUUGCAGGCCAGUUAUACGUGUUUACGGCCAGGAUCCUAAAAUACCAGCCAAUAGAAGUUCCAAACUUCUGUUUUCAACUUCGAAGACAAAGAAACAAGUCCGCAACUAUCUACAGGAUGAAUGUGCACUGGUGAAAAUAGAUAUUCAUUGCCGAGUUCAAGGAGAUGUUGUUCUUGAGUGCAUCCAUUUGGAGGAUGAUCUGGUACAUGAAGAGAUGAUGUUCAGAGCUAUGUUUCACACUGCUUUUGUGCGAGCAAAUAUUUUGAUGCUCAGCAGGGAGGAAGUUGAUGUCUUUUGGGACGCCAAGGAACAAUUCCCAAAGGACUUCAAAGCAGAGGUUCUUUUUUCGGAUGCUGACGCUGUUGUGCCUCACACCGCAGUCGCGGCAAGUGAAGAUGGUAAUGAGACAGAAAGUGCUUCACAUGAGGAAUUCUUUGAAGUUGAAGAGAUCUUCAGCAACGUUGUAGAUGGUCAGGAGGCAAAGGGUGACUACGAUACUCAAGAAGUUCGUGUCAAUACAACAAAUGAUAUAGACAAAAAAGAAGUUUGGAAAGAAGAUGUUGAACCGCAUUCAUUUCAAGAUUGCUCAUCAGAUGAUGGGAUUCACAAACUUGAUGUGAAGGUGGAUCCUAAUUUUGAUGCAGUGAAGGACAUUGCUGUUGAUGAUGUGAAGUACACACAUGUUGACAAAGCAGAUUCUGAUAUUUAUGCAGUGAAAGACAUAAUUGUGGAUGAUGGGGAUCCCAAGUUAGAUACCUUGGUAGUUUCAGAUGAUUUGCUUAAAGGCAUAGAAAGCGUGAAACUGAUCAAAGAUGUGUGUGAAAAAAUAGAAGAUACAGGUGACAGAGAAGAUGCUGCUUUGCAGAAGACUUUAGAAUCCAAGGGUCCGCAGAGACAAAAGUCUGACAAACUGCUGCCCCCUGCCCCUAAGAAACAGCCUACACUGAACACAAAACCAACUGCAGAUACAGUUCUAGUUAAACAAAAAGUUAAACAACAAGAACCCCCGGUUUCUAAUUCAAGAAUGGCAAAACCAAAUACAGUAUCUAGGUGGAUCCCUCCGAACAAAGGUUCAUAUACCAAUUCAAUGCAUGUAUCAUAUCCACCCUCAAGAUAUAAUAGUGCACCACCUGCUCUUGCUUUAACUUCUCCUAAAGAAUCUGGUUCAGGUGCCAAUUCAAAGGUUUCUUCUCUCCUCACUUCCUCUGGAGCUGUGGUUUCAAAAGAUAUAAUAACUGAAAAAACAGGGCGUAAGGUGGAAUCUUUAAAGCCAACUGGUGGCUCAUCCCCUCUUUUAUCACCAUCUCCUGGCCAACAAACAGUAGUAACAUCUGGUCCACUUUCUCCACCUCCACCUCCUCCACCCCCACCCCCACCCCCACCUCCACCUCCACCUCCACCUCCACCUCCACCUCCACCCUAUUCAAACAAUUCAGCGUUAGGUACUUUUCCACCCAAGUCUUCCACUCCACUUUCCCUUGCUUUACAGGGUACCACAUCUCAUUCCCCACCAACACCAACUAAUGAUGAGGUUUCCAAAUUUUCCCCACCACCUCCACCUUUCAGCUCGUGGCAAAAUACUAAGUCUAUUUUGCACCCUGAACCUUCAGCAACCCCUCCCCCACUAUUUCCUCCUUCAUUUGGUUCACAAGAUAAUGCGAAUGCAAUGCCUCCCUCACCACCUCCACCACCUUGGAAAUUAUGGAAUUCUAUAGCAAAUUUUUCAUUGCCACCUCUACCACCACCACCCCCUCCUCCUCCUAUGAGUGGGACAAGACUUGGAGUUGGAAUUCCUUCUCCCCCUCCACCUCCACCUCCACCUAUGCGAGAUAGUCCAUCCCUAACUCUAUGCCUGUCCUCCUCCCCUCCCCUGCCCCCUCCCCCUCCCCCUCCCCCUCCCCCUCCUAGUUGUGGAGCUCCACCACCUCCACCACCACCACCACCACCAUUAUUGAUUCCUAGAGCUCCACCUCCACCACCUCCUUCGAUGCAUGGAGCCCCACCUCCACCGCCUCCACCGCCGCCACCACCAAUCUGUGGAGUACCACCUCCUCCAAUGCGAGGAGCCCCACCUCCUCCACCACCUCCUCCAAUGCGAGGAGCCCCACCUCCUCCACCACCUCCUCCAAUGCGAGGAGCCCCACCUCCUCCACCACCUCCUUCAAUGCGAGGAGCCCCACCUCCUCCACCACAUCCUAUAGGUUGUGGCUCACCUCUCCCACCUCCUCCACUACCUCCUGGAGGUUGUGCAUCUGGUCCUCCUGCUCCACCUAGGCCUCCAGGUGGUGCACCCCCUCCACCUCCACCCUUGGGUGCCAAAGGUUCUGCUACAGCUCCUCCACCUCCAAGAGGUCGUGGAUUAUCACGUUCUUCAGGGAUGGCUGCUAUGAAUAUGGCACCACGAAGGUCUUCCUUGAAGCCUUUACAUUGGAGUAAAGUAACAAGGGCAUUACAAGGAAGCUUAUGGGAAGAAUUGCAAAGACAUGGAGAACCUCAAAUUGCACCAGAAUUUGAUGUCUCUGAGUUAGAGAGCCUUUUCUCUGCAACAGUCCCAAAACCUGCUGACUCAGGUAAAGGUGGAGAGCGUCGCAAAUCUGCUGGGUCCAAACCUGACAAAGUCCAUUUGAUUGACCUGAGAAGGGCCAAUAACACGGAAAUUAUGCUCACAAAAGUUAAGAUGCCGCUUUCUGAUAUGAUGGCUGCUGUAUUAGCAAUGGAUGAGUCAUUGUUAGAUGUUGAUCAAGUGGAAAAUCUUAUAAAAUUUUGUCCGACAAAAGAGGAGAUGGAAUUACUUAAGAACUACACUGGUGACAAGGAGAACUUGGGGAAGUGUGAACAGUACUUUCUGGAACUUAUGAAGGUGCCACGAGUUGAGUCAAAACUAAGAGUAUUUGCUUUCAAGAUUCAGUUUGGCUCUCAGAUUUCGGAAUUUAAAAAGAAUUUGAAUACUAUAAACUCUGCAUGUGAGGAGGUACGAUAUUCAGUCAAAUUGAAGGAAAUUAUGAAGAAGAUUCUUUAUUUGGGGAAUACGUUGAACCAAGGAACUGCAAGGGGGUCUGCUGUUGGAUUUAAGCUGGACAGUCUUUUAAAACUCACAGAUACUCGUGCUUCUAAUAAUAAGAUGACACUGAUGCAUUAUUUAUGUAAGGUCCUUGCUGCUAAAUCUCCAGCUCUUCUGGAUUUUCACCUUGAUCUUGUUAGCCUUGAACCUGCAACGAAGAUACAAUUGAAAUCUUUAGCUGAAGAAAUGCAAGCUAUAAUCAAGGGAUUAGAGAAGGUCAAGCAGGAGAUGGGAGCGUCUGAAAAUGAUGGCCUUGUGUCUGAAGUUUUCCGUAAGACACUUAAAGGAUUUAUUUCUUCUGCUGAGUCCGAGGUGGCAUCCGUAACAAAUCUUUAUUCUGUUGUGGGUAGAAAUGCAGAUGCCCUUGCACUAUAUUUCGGUGAGGAUCCUGCCCGCUGUCCUUUUGAGCAAGUUACUGCAACUCUUUCUAAUUUUGUGAAGUUGUUCCGGAAAGCACACGAAGAGAAUGUGAAACAGGCGGAGUUGGAGAAGAAGAAAGCUCAGAAGGAGGCUGAAAUGGAGAAGGCUAAGGGAGUUAAUCUGACAAAGAAUAGUGUGAAGUAGCUGAUGAGCAAUUACUUUUGACCUCCUCCAUAGCAAAUUUAUCUCUGGCUUACAGCAGAAAUCCAUCGCCAUAUUUUAUUUGAGUGACAACAGAAUGACACUGCUCUCAGGACUGGUUGAACCAGGUCUGCUGUACUGGUGCAAUGCAAGGCCUUCCAAGGUGAUGUAAAUGACGUAAAAAGGCUACAUUGAGAGAAUUCUGUUCAUGGUCGGCAUAUCACCUUAGAAGUGUUACAUGUUGAGUGAGAUCUAUCAAAAAAAGGGAUUGAUCUCUCCAGCAUCAUUUUCAGGCGAAAUUCUUGUAGUUCUUGCCAUUCUUUUAUCAGCUCCACCAUUGUUGGUUAAUAUUUUUGCAGCAUCAGCACGAAUGGCAUUGGAAUUGCAAAUCAUCAAGUCCCAUCCGGUGUACCAUGGAACCAUGUAGAAAGAUCUAACCCUUAAUUUAGUUAGGAGUCAAUUCUUUUCAUUGUAACAUAGAAAGUUGAUUCUUGUUUUAGUAGUCUCGGAUUUUGACAGAAGCAAAGCACGAGCUGUAUAGGUUGACAAGGUCAGAAAUAGAGAAAUUAGACGAGGGGCUUUCUCCAGUGUAAUUGUAAUUGUAUUAUAUAACAACAGAAUAGGCUCCAAUUUGGAAACCCAUGUCUCCUUCAUAUAAAUUCUUUAGCCAAAA